UUUAAAGAAAAUUAUUGUGAUACAAAAAUGGUUUAUUAAUAUCUGUUAUAGGUCGAUGAUUCUUUAACUAGAUCCUUUUCUAAUGGAAGAGUCCACGGUCACGGCUACUUUGAGCAGAAGGCAUCAUCCAUGAAGCAGCUCGCCGUCGAGGUGUCCGAGCUUCACGUUGGAGACAAUGGAGAGCUAUGGAUCACUUGCAUGUCCACAAUUCCCGGUUACGUCGGUUAUAACGAGAACUACGCCGACGUCCGCAAGCAUUCCAGACAAAUUGAGGUCCUAAUGACUGAAGUUCCGGCGGAGAUAAUCUCCAACACCAACGAAAUCGUAGACAGCAGCAGCAGUAGCAGCAGCAACAACAGUAACAACAACGCAGCAACGCUGAAGGACACCGACAUCCUGGAAUCGAUCUACCCAUUCUUCAUUGCCGCACUCAUCGUGUUUCUAUUUUAAAUAUCGACGAUGAAUUUAACUUAAUUUUUAAUCUUAAAUCCGUCUCUACUUUCGUGAGUCGGCUUCUUCGGUUUUCGUACUACAUUUAGAGAGGGAUAUUAAGCCGCUUCCGGUUUGGUUUACCAUUGGGAAAUAUUUUAUUAUAUAU